UUAAUUAAUUGGUUUAUGUGAAAGUUAUAGCAUUUACAAAUGGCGGUAUAGAUACUGGAAAUUUUUUGUUUACUAAUAAUGGCGGCAAUCAGCGACUUAUAGCGGGACUGCGGCGGGCAUUCUGACACUGGGGGGAACUGACUUGGUGUCACUGACAUCCCCAGUGACACCACUACAGUGAUCAGUGCUAAAAAAAAUCACUGACACUGUAUUAAUGGCACUGGGCACUAAGGGGUUAACAUGGGGGCUGAUCAAAGGGUUAAUUGUGUGCAGGGAUGUGUGUGGGCUUCACUGUAAGCAUACUGCUCUGGAUGGCUGUGCUGUGCACAGCCAUCUAGAGCAGUGUGCCCGAGCUGAC